AUGCCUGGUACACAGCAUGGUAAUGCCGACGGUCUAUCAAGAUGUCCUAACCCAGCCGACUGUAGCUGCUCAGAGGGUGACAGUUUAGAAAGCCUGAAAUGCGGACCUUGUAUUAAGUGCAGAAAGAGAGCUGAGACUAUGGAAACUCAGGAAAACCUUAAUCAGGGGGUUGCUAUUCGUGUGACGACAAGAAAGCGUGACAGUUCUAAAAAUUUACCUGAAGGGACACAAUUGAUGUCAAAGUACAACUCAUCAAGACUACAAUGUCUCCAGAUGGAAGAUAAUGCCGGACAUUUGGGCAUUAAGAAGACCAAACACAGGGUAACACAACAAUUCUAUUGGUAUGAAAUGAAAGACUCAGUUAAAACGUUCAUUCUGUCUUGUGAGUCCUUUGCAGCUAACAAAACACCAAACAAGAAUCCUAAAGCCAAGUUGGGAAGCUGUCCCGUGGGUGCACCUUGGGAGCGACUGGGUGUUGAUUUCCUUGGUCCGCUACCAGUAACAAAACAAGGAAACCACUAUAUUAUGGCAUGCAUAGAUUAUUUCUCCAAAAAACCAGAACAACACCUAGAAAUCCUGAAGGCAAUGGCCUGGUUGAAAGAUUCAAGAUUCAACCGAACUCUUAUCCAGAUGAUUCGUGCUUAUAUUAUCAUGGGUGAUGAAUGGGAUAUUUACCUUAGUUGUGUUACUGCUGCUUAUCGUUCUACCCCUCAGGAGUCCACGGGGUUGACACCGAAUAUGCUGAUCUUUGGACAGGAGGUCCGCCUUCCCUCUGAGGUCAUUUACAGGCCUGAAACGUCAACAAAAGAAUUAACCUCAUCUUAUGGUAACUACGUUGAGGAAAUAAGAAGUCAACUUAAUAAAGCGCACGAAAUAUGUCGCAAAUAUUUGGGACGAGCAGCUGAACGCCAGAAAAACUUGUAUGACUCUAAGACAUGUAUGAACAGUUAUUCAGUUGGUGACGUAGUAUGGAAACUAAACGAGAACAUAUAUGUUGGAGAAUGUGCCAAACUACAACCUGUCUACAUAGGACCAUGUGUUGUGGUCAAAGUCCACAGUGACCUUGUCUUUGAGAUACAACUUGAUGCCCGUGGUCAGCGAAAAGUUGUAAAUCACAAUAAAUUACUGCCAUAUCGUGGAAGUCAGCCACCGAAGUGGGUUCAGAACAUUGAACAAAAAUUAAAGAAAAUUUAG